UAAAGGCAGCCAUCCCGAUCCUCAUCUAUAAAUGCUGGACUACGUUUUCAUUACUUCCCAGUUCUAAUUAGCCUCCUCGUCCAUUUUCUUCUACAACUCUGUCUGCAAGCUUCUUAAUUAGAGUUUUGAUUUUUUAUCAAGAAAUCUUGCCAUUAAGAAGAUAUGGGGCUUGCAGUACUUCAUGAAAACCAAACUGGUAUUCUUUGUGUGAUCUGCAUGGUACUGCUCUUGCCUACUCUAUAUGCCUCUCAAGACAUUUUUACUUACUCAUCAAGAGCAACCUACUACCGUAGUCCUGACAGCUAUGGGACUCCAAGUGGAGCUUGUGGGUACGGAGAAUUCGGAAGGACCGUCAAUGAUGGUAGCGUGACUGGAGUCUCGAAGUUAUAUAGGAAUGGGACUGGUUGUGGUGCAUGCUAUCGAGUUAGGUGCCUAUCAUCACAAUAUUGCAAUGAGGAUUCAGUGACCGUGGUGGUGACAGACUACGGUGAAGGUGACAAAACUGACUUCAUACUUAGCACCCGAGCCUACACAAAAUUGGCACGCCCUGGUCGCAAGGGGUCCAAGGAGUUGCUUGCUCGUGGCGUGAUCGACGUUGAAUACCGAAGGGUCCCAUGCCACUACCCUGGUUACAAUGUUAUGUUCAAGGUGCACGAGCAUAGCAAAUAUCCUAAUUAUCUAGCUUUAGUGGUUCUAUAUGCAGAGGGGAUAAAUGACAUCACAGCUGUCGAAUUGUAUCAGGAGAAUUGCAAACAAUGGCUGGGCAUGCGUAGGGCCUACGGGGCAGUGUGGGACAUGUCUAAUCAAGUACCAAGUGGUUCAAUAAAAUUAAGGUUUCAAGUCAGUGGCAGCACAUGGGUUGAAUCCAAAAAUGAUUUGCCGGCUUUGUGGAACGCUGGGGAUGCUUAUGACUCAGAUGUUCAACUCUAAAUUAAUUAGAAAGCUAUUUCAAUUUUAAUAAUAUUUAGAUGUUUUAUUAGAUAUAAGUUUGAUCAUUGUACGGGUUGCUAUGUACUUGAUUAUUAUAAGUUUAUCUCUACUUAGUAGGGUAUUGUAUGGUAUGGUAUUGUAUAUAGUAUUGUAUUGUAUGCUUUGUGAUCAGCAGAAGUGCUCUUGGUCAUGUUGCAAUAUAAAUAAUAGGCCAGGUUAAUGUUGUACUUUGGGGUUAGUGAUCAGAGAUCAUGAGUAUGAAUAAUAUAAGGAGUGGAGUUACAAAUAA